UGUUACCGUUGGUUGCGAGGUUUCCAAUCAAGGUCUGCAAUACAACGAUAAUGGAUGUUGGUUGACUUGAUGAUAAUCCAUAUUCAGCUAUGAGAGGAUUUCUUUGUGUGAUGUGGUCAUGAUGAUGGUGGAACCACAAAUCUUGAAAUUCCAUCAUUAUAACCGGAUUUUUUCUCCUAGCCGAAUCAUCAGCUAUAUGAUUCGAAUGGAAAACCAAUCAGACCGGUAUUCAUAUAUUCAUUAUUGUUAUUCUCUGUCACUUUUUUCGGUUUGAGAGCAAUGAACAACAGAACACACAGAGUAAAUACGCACUCACUCACAUACUCAAAUCAUUCAUUUCAAAAUCCAUUCACCCUCUUUUCUGGAUUUUUUCAUCUUUAAAAGUUAUAUAAUAUCCGAUAUUUGUAUGGACCAAUCGAUACAAAAUAGGCAUUAUAACAAUAAACAUCAAAAUGGAAUGAGUCAUCAAAUGAAAAAAAAUUGGAGAAAAAUUGGAAAAAAAACUGAAAAUUAGAAACUUCAAAACACCCACUAUCAAAUGACAGGGAAAGUUUCAGACAAUCCGGUUCCGUUUUCAGCGAAAACAAAGAAAAAAUUGUGCUACCAUCUUACGGAGCUAAAAAUCAACAUGAUUGGUCAUGAAUCAUCCAAGCUGAAGACAAAUGGUGAAAUGUUCAUGCAUGCAUCACACACACACACACACACAGACAUAUACAUGCACAGACACACAAUUUUGUCAGCAAAAAAUCCUUGUUUUUGUUUUCGCCAUCAACCAAUUGCCAGUUGUAACGAAAUUGAAUCAUUUUCAACUCACUGAAUCUCGUCGAAUGUCUUUCCUAAAUUGCCAAUUGAUUCCAAAUGGGCGAUAUCAAUAACAUUCUUCGUGAUUUAUCGCUUUUUGAGCCAAACUCAUCAAGCAAUAUUGGUGGUGGAUCCAAGUCCGUUCGAACAUUGGCGACGACGACGACAAGUAAAACAACUUUGACAACCAAAAGUGCCAAACCAUGUCGACCACCACCGCCACCUCCAGUACAGCCAUCACCAUCUUCAGUUGGAACAUUUAAAAAAGCAGCCAUUCCUUUGCCAAAUCAAUCAAGUGCUGCAAACAAUUACACAUCCUCCAUGGCCAAUAAUAGUUCCAACAGCACUUUGGCAACGGCUGUCCGUGCAACAGUUGAGACUAAGAAAUCAUCAUUCACAUCAAACACUUCAUCGUCGACGAUGAAUCCUAUUUACAAAACAAAUGGUCAACAACAACCAACAAGUGCUCAUUAUUUCAACACUUCAUCAUCAUCAUCAUCAUCAGCAUCAUCAAAUGUAGCCACCACUACGAAUGGCAACAACAAGUCAACGAAUGGAAGCGAACCAUCGAAUCGAUGUAUCGGAACAAAUAUUCAGCUCAAUUAUGAUGUGACACCACCGAAACCGUUAGGAAUGUCCGAAGCCGAGAAAAAGAUUGAAGCUUUGACGCAACAAAUUGAAAAAGAAAUGGAAGAAAAGGAUCCCGUCGGUGAUUAUUUCGGUAUCUGUUGUCAUUGUGGAGAAAAAGUCCUCGGUGUAAUCGAUGCAUGUCAAGCGAUGGGAAAUUUAUACCACACCAAUUGUUUCACUUGUUGCUCAUGUGGUCGUCCGUUACGAGGAAAAGCUUUCUACAAUGUUUUGGGAAAAGUGUAUUGUGAAGAAGACUAUCUGUAUUGUGGAUUUCAACAGACAGCUGAUCGUUGUGCCAUUUGUGGCCAUUUAAUCAUGGAAACAAUUUUACAUGCAAUGGGCAAAUCCUACCAUCCGGGUUGUUUUCGUUGUCAGCAAUGUAAUGAAUGUCUGGAUGGUGUUCCAUUCACUGUUGAUGUUCACAAUCGAAUAUUUUGCGUUUCCGAUUACCAUAAAUUGUAUGCACCAAAAUGUGCCGUCUGUAAUACCCCAAUCGUACCGAUGGAGGGCUCCGAAGAAACUGUCCGUGUCGUUUCGAUGGACAAAGACUAUCAUAUUGAUUGUUAUAUAUGUGAAGAUUGUAAUCUUCAACUCACCGAUGGUACCUGUUAUCCACUGAGUGGACAUUUAUUGUGUAAAACAUGUCACAUUACUCGAUUACAGUGAAUUGACCUUGUUUGAUGUGUGUGUAUAUAUAAUAUGUAAUUCUCAUUCUAUAUUCAAAUUCAUGAACAAUUUAUUGACUUGCAAUU